AUGAGAGAGAUCAUUAGUUUACACAUAGGACAAGCUGGUAUUCAGGUAGGGAAUUCAUGUUGGGAGCUCUAUUGCCUUGAACAUGGCAUUCAACCUGAUGGCAAGAUGCCUAGCGAAGCUUCGUCAACAGACGACUCAUUUGGUACAUUCUUCAGCGAAACCAGUUCUGGCAAGCAUGUGCCUAGAGCUGUAUUCGUGGACUUGGAGCCGUCGGUUAUCGGAGAGGUUAGGACGGGAAAAUAUCGGCAGCUAUUCCAUCCUGAGCAACUUAUAUCUGGCAAGGAGGAUGCAGCCAAUAACUUUGCAAGGGGACACUAUACAGUGGGCAGAGAGAUUGUGGAUGGAUGCCUUGAUCGAGUGAGGAAACUGGCCGAUAAUUGCACUGGUUUGCAAGGAUUUUUGGUAUUCAAUGCUGUUGGUGGUGGCACUGGUUCUGGGCUAGGAUCCUUGCUUCUAGAGCGCUUGUCUGUAGAAUAUGGGAAAAAGUCGAAAUUGGGCUUAAAUAUUUAUCCAUCCCCUCAGGUUUCAACUGCAGUUGUGGAGCCUUACAAUAGUGUCUUGUCUUCUCAUGCCCUCCUAGAACAUGCAGAUGUUGUAAUGCUCUUGGACAAUGAGGCAAUUUAUGAUAUUUGCAGAAGAGCCCUGAAAAUUGAAAGGCCAACUUACACGAACUUGAACCGUCUAAUAUCUCAAACUAUUUCAUCUCUGACCACCUCCUUAAGGUUUGAUGGAGCCAUAAAUGUAGACAUCACCGAGUUCCAAACUAACCUUGUACCUUAUCCUCGUAUACAUUUCAUGCUCUCUUCUUAUGCCCCGGUGAUCUCUGCUGAAAAAGCUUACCACGAGCAAGGUUCUGUUUCUGAAAUCACAAAUGAUGUGUUUGAACCUUCAAGUAUGAUGGCUAAAUGUGACCCUAGGCAAGGCAAGUAUAUGGCUUGCUGUUUGAUGUAUCGUGGAGAUGUUGUGCCGAAGGACGUUAACAGUGCUGUUGCUGCCAUUAAGACGAAAAGGACUGUUCAGUUUGUCGAUUGGUGCCCCACGGGAUUUAAAUGUGGGAUCAAUUACCAAGCUCCAACAAUGGUACCAGGGGGUGACCUUGCCAGUGUGAAGAGAGCAGUCUGCCUGAUAAGUAACAACACAGCUGUGGCCGAGGUGUUCUCUAGAAUCAACCACAAAUUCGAUCUCAUGUACUCUAAGAGGGCAUUUGUGCAUUGGUAUGUUGGUGAAGGCAUGGAGGAAGGUGAGUUCUCGGAAGCUCGUGAAGAUCUUGCUGCACUCGAGAAAGACUAUGAGGAAGUUGGGCAAGAAGGAGCUGAUGAAGAGGAAGCUGAAGAGUACUAG